CCCACUGGCGAUAACUCCGUCAUGCGCAUGCGCAGUAGAAUCCGAGUUAUAGAAGAUGUCAUUCGCCAGAAGACUGCUCAUAAGCGCACCUAGAUCAGCGUCAUUUCAACUUCUCAAAGUUCAGACAGCGAGAUGUUCAGCUCCUCUCAGCUGCACUGCGCAUGCGCGCCACAACAGCAAACCGCAGCUAGACUCCGCCAUCCCAGCUGAUGACCUUCUUCUCAGUCAAUCCUGUGUCAAGAGGCUUGCUGAGAUUCUGGAUAAGGGACAGUAUCUGAGGAUAGCAGUGGAGGGAGGAGGAUGUUCAGGAUUCCAGUAUAAAUUUGCGGUGGACGCUGUUAGAAAUGAAGAUGACAGAGUGUUUGAGAAGAAUGGUGUUGGGAUAAUAAUCGACCUGGACAGUCUGGAGUUUGUGAAGGGAUCCACUGUCGACUUCAGUCAGGAGCUCAUCCGCUCUUCUUUCCAGGUGUUGAAGAACCCACAGGCUGAACACGGCUGCUCGUGCGGCUCGUCCUUCUCUGUGAAGCUCUGACACACGCUC